UGGUGGGGAUGGGGGCCGGAACCAAAACCUAGACGAACCACACAGGGAGAUAGGUAGCCAGGGGGCGACGGCACGGGGGCGGGGGGCUAGCCCAACCAGACCUACCAAACCCUAGCUCACCUCUCGUCCCGAUCCAUGGAGGCGGCGCUGUGAGCCGCCGCCGCCACUGACGCGGGACGCGGAGACGGUACGGUGGGGGAGGCGAGGAUGACGGCCAGAUCGGACGAUCCCGGCGUCUCGCCGGGGACCUCGGCGGCGGCGACCGGCGGCGAGAUCUGGGGCACGUGGGAGGAGCUCCUCCUGGCGUGCGCCGUGCGGCGGCACGGCACGUCGAGCUGGGACUCCGUGGCCAUGGAGGUCCAGUCGCGCCGCCCUGCCUCCGCCGCGGCGCGCCUCACGCCCACCGGGUGCCGCCUCCGGUUCCGCCUCCUCCACCGCCGGUUCGCCGCCGGCGCAGAGAACGGUGACGGCGGCGGCGCCGACGCCGACGAGGACCCCGACGCGGCCGCCGCCGACGGGUGGGUGGAGGAGCUCCGCAAGCUGCGCGUCGCCGAGCUCCGCCGCGAGGUCGAGCGAUACGACCUCUCGAUCGGGUCGUUGCAAUCCAAAGUGAAACGGCUCAAGGAGGAGAGGGAGCGGAGCAUCUCCGGCGAGGCCAACCCGGCGGCGGUGAAGGCGGAGGAGGACGAGGAGCCGGCGGCGGGGAAGGGAUCGCUGGAGGACGACGCCGCCGGAGGGGAGGACCGCGUCUCCGGCGGCGAAUCCGGGCGGUCAUGCAGGGAGUCCAACUCGUCAGAUCUGAAGCGGCCCGUGAACGACGCCGGCACCGCCUCCGCCGCCGGCGACGGUGCGGCAGCGAUGGAGGAGGGGGAGGAGGAGGCCACCGCCGCCGGCGUGUCGGUGGACGUGAAGCGGGAGGAGGUCUCCGGCGAGUCGGUGGCCGGGUCAAAGGAAGCCGACAAGGAGAGCAGCGACGUGCAGAGCUCGGCCAGCCCGUCACGCCGCCGCGAGCGGGAGGGCGGCGGUGGUGGCGAGGGCGGGGAGGAGGCGGAGACCGAGGAGGCCUCGGCGUCGCCGUCGGCGCGCGCGGCCCUCCCCGCCGCGGAGGCCGAGGCGCUGCUCGCGUUCGUCGAGUCGGUGCGGACCAGCAAGCCGGGCUCCGUGUUCGAGCGGCGGCUCGAGAGCCAGGAUGAUGCGAAAUACAGGAGCACCAUCAGGCGCCACGUGGACCUGGAGACGGUCAGAUCCAAGCUGGAAGGUGGCGGCGGAGGCGGCGGCGGCGGCGCGUGCUACGGCUCCGCGUCCGAGUUCUACCGCGACCUGCUCCUGCUCUGCGCCAACGCGCUCGUCUUCUUCCCGCGCGGCUCGCCCGAGCACACCGCCGCGGCGCGGACGCGCGCCCUCGUCUCCAACCACAUGGCCGCGUCCCUCCGCAAGGACCAGCCCGGGACAUCAGGGAAGGCCGCGGCGCCGGCGCCCAAGAAGGCCAAGGCGGAGGCCGACGUCGGCUCGCUGCUGGAGAAGACGGCGCCCAUCAUCGUCUGCCGGAAGCGGAGCUCCAUCGCGAAGGCUGCUGCCGCGGCCACCAAGGACGAUAAAGCGGAGAAGGUGGAGACUGACAAGGAGGAGGAGAACGAGGCGGGCAAGAAGAAGCCGGGCGGCGCCAAGGACAAGGCGCCACGGGGGUUAAGGACGAACAAGACCCGUGCCGCCCCUGCCAGGAAGGCAGCUUCAAAUCAGAAGACGGGGGAUGACGACUCGGAUAGCGACGGGCCUGCUGAAGGGACGAGGAAGCCUGACAAGAAAGGCGGCGGUGGCGCGACGGGGAGCGGCGCCGGAGCCGCCAAGAAGCGGAACGCCGUGAACUUCCUGAAUCGGAUGAAGCAAGGGUCGGCCCCCUCGACGGAGCGCGUGUCGCUGCUGGAGACGCUGAAGCUCUCUGCGGCGGCGGAGCAGAAGAAGGCCGGGAAGGGCAGCCAGGGCAAGAAGGAGGCCGCAGGUGGCUCCGGUUCCAAGAGGGGCACUCCGUCGGGGAGGAGAAACGUCGGCAGGCCCCCGAAGCGUGCAGCCGCGCCCUCGUCGCCACCGCCAGCGAAGAGGGGAAGGGGCGGCGGGGGUAAGCGCGGGGGGAGGAAGUGAGGGGGGAUCGGAUUGGGAGGCACUAGGAAGUGAUAGUCUGUGUCUCAGCUGUGUGUAAAUGCUGUAGGUUUGUAGCCUGUAGGAGGGUUCCGAGCUUGUACUGUACUGCCAGUGUUGUAGGGGUGCUACUUGGUUUUCGUACGGGGAAACUGGAUGAACUGACCCGCGCCUCUCAUGGUCAUGGGACUUGGAACUUGGAAGGAAGACGAUUCCUUUUUCAAAC